AUGAGUAGAGAAUUAUAAAAUAUGAAGCUUUUACUUUCUGAAAUAGAGAAAAUAUAGACAAUUUAAACUUAUUAAUAAUAUGAACCCAUUGUAUAAGCUUUGUUAGGGGUGCAGUAAUAUAUGAAUGAGAGCAAAACAAGUGAGGCAGGCCAAUACGUCCCUGAAUUAGUGAGCAUGAGUAUUAGUCAUAUCAUGAAUCACAUGCACUAUCCAGAUUAAAUUCUAAUAAUGGUGGAGAAGUUCAUAAAGUCUGUGCUUUUGUACAUCAAUAAAAACAUUUUUGAUGAGAAGAUAAGUAUAAUAUUUUGUAAAAUAAUGGAUCCGAAUAGUAUGAUCUAUUAAAAUAAUGAUCUAUCAACUAAUUGGCAUGAUUAAGUAACAAUCUUCUAUUUAAAAAUAGUUUAUUGCAUACUCCUAUGCCAAAAAUAAUGAGUAUAAAUAAUUCGUUGACAAUCUCAAAGAAGACACCUAUAUAGAUUGUAUUCGCAGUUGUCAAACUACAAAUCGAUUGAAUUGGAAUAGAGCUAUAGUAGAGAAAAAAUAGGAAGAUCUUGUGAUUGUAAGAUUUUUAAACGAGAAGCCAAAUUAAUAAAUCUUUAACAUAAAGAGUGGGUAUUUGAUGCCCUAUAAAACUCGUUCACUACGCUUGGAUUCCAUGUUUAAUUUGUAAGAGAAACAGGCAGUUUUAGCAACUCAAAACGACAAGUGGAUUUUAAGUACUAUUGUUAAUAGAAUUGAGACUUCACAUAUUGAAAAUGUUAUAACUUAUACAAUUAGAUUCCACUUUUAAUCUAUUUUAGAUGAAAGCAAAGAGAAUGAAAAGAAUUACAAGGGGUAAAGCAGAUAUCAUGAUGAACAAUUAACUGCAUGUAGUCCUAGAUUAGCAUUGUGUGGGGAUCAUAUACCCAGAAAAAGUAAUUCAAAUGAAUAAUUUAUUGAUGAUUCAUAUGACAUACUCUAUGAAUAGGAUUAUCAAACCAAAAAGUUCUAUGCUAUCUUAAGACCUAGAUAUUCAUAGAGUUCACUUUUAAUUAGAUUAAUAAAUUAUUUUGGAUCUCUUGGUGGUUUUGACCAGAUUCUAGCUGUGUAAUCAGUUGAUAUAUUGGCAAAUUAUAUGCAUGGAUUGGGUAAUAUACAUGCUUAAAUGUAUCGAUACUUUUGUUAAGAAUAUGUUCCUUAGUUAUAAGCAUUAAGAUAAGCUAUUCUUCAUCCUGAUGAGUAAUCCUUUCGCAAUAUGGGCAGAGAGAAAAUUAAUUUAAUUAUUUAAGCAUAUAGAUUACUUCUAGAUAGGAUAAUGACAGAUGAUUAGAGAAAAGAAUGGUUGCAAAGUCUGGGAUUAGAAUUUGUUUAGAUUUGUUUUAAUGGCAAAUUUUUAGAUAAAAAAAUAAUUGGACUUAAAUUAUUGACAGAUCUUUUAAAGUAGGCAGAUCAAGAUAAAUCUCCAGAGUUCAUUUUAGAAUGGAUAGAAAGACAAGGAAUUUUUGAAUCUCUAUUUCAUCAUAGUACUCAUUUGUAAUUAUUGGAAAGAACUAAAGAUCUGAUCAAAAUCUAUUUAACUAUUGAUGGUGCAUUUAAUCUGAAAUACUUGUCAAUAGUUUGGGAUCUCAUGUAAUCCAAUGAUAAGGAAGUAAGAUCUAUCAUUUUUAAACUAUUUAAUGAUAUUGCUACUUUUAUGUCUGAUUAUUAGGCCUAAUACUUUCUUGAAUAAAUCAAAAAAUUAAGUAAAGAUCUGAUUUUGAUUGAACAUGUCCAAUUACUUUGUAAAAUGAAUAAAAAUCGAAUCAAUUAACAAUAUCUUUUUAGUUAAGUAAUUGAGAUUUUAUGGGAUAUCAUCGAAUAUGUUGGGUAAUAAGGCAAAACAAUAUUAGAGGAUCAAUCAAGAACACACUUUAUUGAAUUGAUAUAAUUUCUCAAUGACAAAGACAUCAAACGAUAAAUGAUCCAAAAGUUGAUUGCUAACAUCAAACAAUAAAAGGUUGAAAGUUCCUCUUUAAAAGUACUUUAAUAAAUUAUUUCUACAUUUCUGCCUUAAUAAAAACUACAACAGUGUAAGUAUAGAUUUCAGCAAACAGACGAAAACAACCCUCUUCAAAAUGCGAAAAAUAACUUUGCAGAUUAGAAAUAAGGUUAUGAUUUAUAUGAGGAAUUUAUUAAAGGAUUGAUUCAAUAAUAAAAGGUUCAUCAUACAUUGAGAGAGAGCAUUGAUAAUUUAUAUAGUUAAAAUCUUGGAAUCAAUCCAGAUGAUCCCAAUGAAACAACUCUUUAUAUCAAUAAAUUAUAAGAAAGACUUAACCUAAUCCAAACUUUAAUUAUGAUUUAUGGAACAGCUGCUGAUAUGAUUGAUUAAUAAUUUUUAGAUUUAAUCUGGAAUAAACACAUUUUAAAACCUGUUUGCAAAUUGGAAGGUGAAAUAGUCAGUUGUUGGCUACGUGAUUUGAUUGAAAAAGAUGAAUGUUUCAGUUCUAUGCAACUCAGCCAUUUCUACCAACGAUUGCUCAGAUCAGAUUCUCACCUUAAUGAAAAUGCUUUUAAAUGUUUUAAAUUGAUCCUUUAUUAUGUAAAUUAAAAAGAAUAUAGAAUAUAAAGGCAGUCCCUAAUAUUGAAUCAAAUUUGUGAUGAAUAUGGAAAUUUAUUGAGCACUACAAAUGCGAACAAUCAAGAAAAAGAUGAACAGAUGGAUUUUUAAAUAAUGGUGGAUGUAAAGGAAAUUCUAGGCAUAUAAUAUUUGUGGCAUAUUGUUCUCAAUUCCUCAUUAGAUUCAGCCAUAAAAUUGUUAGUUAAAUUGAAUUUGUCUUAAUAGGAAUAAUUCAUAUAAUAAAUCCUUGAUAAAAUGAAAUCUUAAGAUGAACAAACAAUUCUAAGAUGCUUUGAUAUAUUAAGAGAAUUAUUGAAUGAAACAGAAAAAUAUGGUAUAGGUCAAUUAUUGUCUUUGGAUGGGUUAGUAAAGGGAGAAUAAUUUAAAAUAAACAUUAAUAAUGAUAUAGGUAAUGCAUAAUAAUCCAAUAAUGUAACCAUAACUGUUCAUUAAAGUUUAACAAUAUUUGAAUUACGAAAACUAAUUGCUUAGGAAAUUAAAACCAGCUGGGAGUAAAUUAAAUUGUUUAGAAAUGGUAUUGUUAUUUAAGAGACGGAAAAUGGAAAAACACUCAAAUAACUAUCCAUUAAAAAGAGCGAUUUCCUUAAAGUAGGCAAAAGAAACACGAAACCAAUACCCAAAGUACCUCUAACUGAAGAUAACAAACUAUCCCCUAUGUUUUUGAAAGUCAUAAAGGAUCUCUUCAAUUAGUAUUCUACAAAUGAAAGGAUGAGCCUAGAUCAGUUUGCUUAAUUUGCAGUCAAAUCUUCAAAGAGUGAGAGUAUAAAGUAGGAUGAAAAGAUCUAUCAAAUCUUUGGCUAAUAUAGUAAUUAGGGAGAAUAUCUUACAUUGGAAAAUUUGAUUGCAUUCUUUUAGAAUUGUUGUUUAUAGUAGUAGAAUUAAUAAGUGGUAUGGUAGAAUUUAUAUGCAUUCGGAUAUAGGAAUGAUCUCUCUCUGAUGAAUACAGAUGAUAUUAGAUUUGACCAAUCGAAGCUACCUCGUCAUUAUUUGGCUCAAAAUUAACAGUUUUAUUAAUUAACUCGUAUUUUGAUGGCAGACACUAAUAAAGUAGCUUAAGAAUGCUGGAAGCUUUUGUGUUCUUUACCUAUUUUUGGAGCUGCUAAAGAGAGACUCCUCAAUUUUGAAGAUCUCUCAUAAGACACCUCUUUUUAAUUAAUUUAUUCUUUGAAGAUCAUAGAAUACCUUCUUUAAAAUUAGGAAUAUUGUCGACAUUUUAUCAUAAAGUAAGGCUUCAUGUAGUUAUAAUCUAUAUUGAAUAAUUUACAAAAUCAAGACGGUGUUAUUAGGAAACUAGGGUAACUUACAAUUCUCAAUAUCUUUACGAAAUACAUUGCAGCCUAAUUUCGAUCUAAGUUUAAUAAAAUCUUUGAGAUUCAAUAACAUGUAAAAUAGCCACUCUCAGUUUCCUUAGAUCUCAUAGGUUAAUUACUUUAAGGUAAAUGCUAAGUAUUAGACAAUAAGGCCUGGCAGAAAGUGAAGGAGAGUUAAGAAUUCUUAGAACUGGCUAAGUAAAUAUCAGAUUUGGAUAUCAAAUUAGAUUACGCAAAUUUAUUGAAGUAUUUGAUUAACACACCUCUCGAUAUCAAUGAAGAUAGAUAACUCAUUGAAUAUUUUCUUGUACUAAUUACUACAUUAAUUGGAUUUAAUUUAGAUAAUUGCACAAAUUUCUUUAUCUAAGAGAUCAACUAAAUUAAGUAGAGAUACAAGUAAUUGCUGUUUGCUCCUAAAUAGUUGCUGAUUAGAAAAUUCACUAUUAACUCAUUAUAUCUAAUAUACAGAUGUUAAAAAACAAUCUUAAAUAAGAUUAUAAUUCAAAUGUUAAAGGACAUAUUUCCACCCUUAGAGAACAAGGACUCUCAAUGUUACUUCGAUCUAUUGGCCAAAUUAAUACUGGAAGAAAAACAUAGUGACAAAGAAUUAGCUAAUACUAUUAUCUUAAAAUUGUACGACUAUGAACCAAAUGAAUCAAGAGUAACUUUUUCAGCUGAUAAAACUUAUAUAGGUUUACUUUCGAUAUUAGAAAGUUUGUGUACUGUAGACUCUUCUAUUUUAACAACUUAAUUGAUAAGGUAUUUAUACGCAGUACAUUUAUUUUACUUUAAAUUGAUCCAAUUUCAAUUGAAAUCAGAUAAACAAAUUUCUUAAAAUUAUGUCAAGAGCAAAUCACCAGAGAGCAGAAAGAUUGUCUAUCGUCUGAUCAUACAACAUCUAAAAUAGAAUUUUAACUUAGACCUUAUUGAUUUGUAAACGGUAUUAAAGUAGAUUGGAUUGUAUGAGAGUUUUGAAGUAAAACUCAUGCCAAAAAGUAGUCAUGGAUAUGUGGGUAUCAGAAAUUUGGGUUGCAUAUGCUUCAUGAAUGCAAUGAUGCAAUAAUUCUUUAUGACUCCUGAAUUUAGAUACUGUAUGUUGAGGGCUGAAGAUGGAGUCGAUGAAAAUAUUAUCCAACACAAGGAUAAUCAAGGGUUUUAUUACCAGAUAGACGAUAACCCUUUUCAUCAGUUCUAAAAGAUGUUGGCUUCCUUGGAUUUAAGUGAUAGGGCUGAUUUUAAUCCUUAUUAAUUUUGCUUAACUUACAAGGAUUACUAAAAUUAACCUCUCAAUGUUUCAAUGUAAUAGGAUGCCUAAGAGUUUUUGAAUCAAUUUUUUGAUCGCCUUGACAAUUAAUUGAAGGGCAAAGGUUGGUAGUAGUUUAUCGAGGCCAUCUAUGGUGGAUAUCUAUGUAGUUAGAUGAUUUGCAAUGGGUGUUAGACAAAAAGAGAAAAGUUUGAUUUAUUCUACACUUUGUCUUUGAAAGUCAAGGAUGUUAAAUCCCUCUAUGAAUCUUUUGAAAGUAUGAUUUAAGGAGAAGUGAUUAAAGAUUACAAAUGCGAACAAUGUCAAUAGAAAAAUGAUUUAAUUAAAAGAUAAUGUCUAUCAAAGUUACCAAAUGUGUUGAUCGUGCACUUAUAAAGGAUAGUAUUCAAUUUGGAUUUAUAUAUGAAUGAAAAACUGAGUUCCCAUUUAGAAUUUCCGCAUCUAUUGAAUCUUUCAAAAUACACAAGAGAAGCUUUGUCAGAUUUAGAAUUCAAACAAGAUUCAUAUUAUUAAUAUAAAUUAAAAGGAGUAGUUGUUCACCAGGGCACUGCUGAAUGUGGUCACUAUUAUAGUUUAAUAAAUACGAAGGACGAUAAAUGGUUAAAAUUUAAUGAUUCAGUGAUUGAAGAAUUUGAUAUCAAUCUAUUGUCAUAUGAAUGCUUUGGAGGGAAAUAGAGCGAAAUUAGACAAGGAUUUCAACCUAUGGGUAGCACUAAUGCCUAUAUUUUGGUUUAUGAAAGAACUUAGAAGGAGACAGUUGAACUCAAGUUUUGUAAUUAAAAAUAAAAAUAAGAGAUCAUGUCAAAGUUUGAGUGCGAAUUGGAACAAAACUCGAAUUUGGUUGUUAAGAUGAAUUAUUAAACAAUGGCUAAGUAAUUUAUAUCAGAAGCUUUGUAUGGGGAGAUUUAGUAUGACAAUCAUAAAUUCAUGAUGGAGAGACACAUUUAUUCAGAUGAAUUCUUUAGAUUUGUAAAGGAAAUAGCAGAGGCCUAUCCAUUUCCUCCUUAGUAUUAGUUAAUUACUAAUAUUGAUCAAAUGCCAGAAUAUUAUGGGAUCUAUAGCAAUUAUUAAGAAGUUUAGAAUGGUGAAUAGGCAGCUGAUCUAUUAUCGAAUCUAACUUAUAUUACAAUAGAAUUGUUAUGUAGAGCAUCUGAUCAUGCAUCAAUAAAAGAUUACGUACUGGUCAUAAUUAAUCUUAUAAAUAUAAUUCCAACUAGAAUAUUUUCAAUAUUUUAAUCGAUGAUUAUUAAUAGGUAGAAUAGAGUAUUUGAAGUUUUAUUAUGUGCUCCAAAUUAUUAAGUUCGCUAAGCAAUCUAAUAAAUAUUGCUUCAUUAUAUCAAUGUGAUUAGUUACAUUCACGCUUUUAUGUUAAAUACUUCACUACUUUUUCAAUACGAUUAAGAUAAUUCUGAGGAUUAAUGUGAGCGAUUCAUUGUUCAUUUUCUAAUCAAUCUCUUAUAGAAGUUAUAAAAUGAUGUAGCAAAGAAUGCAUCGAAGUUUUCUUAAUAUUUCAACUUUUGGAAACUAUUUGUUUUAUCCAAUCAGAUUAAUGUAUUCUUUGCUAAUUCGAUAGAAUUAGUAGCAAUAUUGGCUGAUUUCUUUAUGGAGAAACAAUCUCCAAGAGGUUUAGAAAACAAUUAAUGCUAUGAAUUUUUAUAUGAUUAGAAAAUUCCAAUUGCUAAUUAGAAUGUAAUUCCAUUUUACAGUCCAUUAUUCUAAUGUAUAGACUAUCUUCUGUAAAAUGAAGACUACCAAUUAACUAAAAACGAUAGAAUGUGUAUAGAAUCCAUUAAUUUUUAUAAGAAAGCCUUAAAAGAAUGCUAAGACUUUGAUACUUUAUAAUCGAUCAUACUAAAAGUAGUGUUUAAUAAUUUAACAUUAUCUAGAGAAAUAAUUGAGAUUCUUUUAGAGGAAAUUCAAAAUGCCAACUAAGAGAAUUUGGGACCAUUCUUAAAAUUGGCAGAAAGCUUAGUAAACAUCAAAGAUAAUAUGUAACCAGAUCGUAUUCAAUGGAUAUUAGGAUAUCCAUAACCAUAUUACUAAGAUAAUUAUUAAACUGGAUGUCCAACUAAUCUAUCAUAAUAAUUUAUUACUUAUUUAACACAAAUUGGAUGUCAAAAUGAAACUAUUUCAAUAUUAAAUUAGUUAUUUUCCAAUCGUAAAGUUUAUCUAAAUUUGGCAAUUUAAAUGAUGAACAUGCUUUUAAGAGUAAUGAAUUCAAAUAAACCAGUUUUUUCAUACGUUAUCCAUUUACCUCCUCCUAGUUAUCUAUAUGCUAAAUAUACAGAUUGGUUUGAAUCAUUUCUAAAUGAAUUUAAAGAGGAUUGCAUCAAAUAUCCAGCAAUGGCAGAUUAAAUAUUCUUCAAUAGAGAAUUAGAACUUUAGUAAACUAUUAAAUAAUGGGAGAUUUUCAAAACAAAUUUCAAUCAAAUGACUCAACUUAGAUUAUAUGAUCCUAUGCAAUCAAAUUAUAUCAUAGGCAACAUAUUGGAAACUGAGACAAAUUAAGGUGAAACUUAAGUAAAUAAUGUAUACUUGGAAACCCAUGAGUCUUUGGUCUAUUAUAUACAUUCAAAUCCUAAUCGUUUUAGUAACAAAGCAUUUCCAUAGGCAAUUCUUAAAGAUAACAUUUAUAUAUAAUCGUCCAAGAUUGAACCCACUUCCAAUAUAUUUUAUAUCUUGAAUAAUGAUGAAUAUUUCUAAUAGAAUGAAGGUUUUCAAUCGAGAGGUUAAGGACCGGCAACAAUUUUACAAGAGAAUCUUGAAAACAUCUAUUCAAAUGAAAUUGGCUACGAGGAACAACAAUAAGUCAAUGAUGAUUUUAUCAAUGAAUUAUGGAACAACAACAAAAAUUCAUAUCAAAAUUAGAAUGUCCUAAGAUAAAAAUAAGUAUUUCAAUAACCUGAACAAGAUAUCAAAUAAGAAUAGUAAUAUGUAGAAUGCAAUUUAUAAAUUCAAGUUGAUCAAUUAUUGAAACGAUUUAUGAUUAACAAUCAGACUGAUUAAACUGUCUUUGUCACAUAUAAAAUUAUUCUCAAACCUGAUUCCCAAAUCAAUUUCAUGUAAGUAUAUAUGAAUAUCUAGAUCGCCUACUUAUGUAUGUAAGAUUAUUCCUCCAUACAGUAUAAGGCAUUUAACAACUAUCAUGAAAACCGUUCCAUUGAUGGAUUGGGGAAAUUUUGAUUUCAAUUUGAGUGUAGUUCUUAGCAAUGAGAAUAAUAAUAAUAACAACUAAAAGCAAUAACCUAAGCAAUAGUAUUAUCAUCAUAUAUUUUAGAGUGUAAACUGCAGCUGAUGCUCAAACUACAGACAAACUAAAUUAAAUGAGUCUACGUGAAGAGAUUUAAUGUCCGUAAUGUACUUUCCUCCAGUCUUCUUUAAAUCACUUUUGUGAAUUGUGCUAAUUCAGUUUAAAGUGA